UAUAAUCUCUUGGCGUGACAUGUUUGAACUACAGGUUCGGAUUAAUCCGACAGGAAGUUUCAGACGGAGGAAAGACAAUUAUAUCUGAACUAGACUCGACAGAAACGAAGCCAAAUGCAUGCACUACAGAUGAUGAUGUCCCCUCAUUGAUCUGCAGAUAUGUUAUAAUGCUGAGAUGGGGUUCUGCUAGAAGUUUUCUUGACUUUUCGACCUGAAAGUUCCGGCCCAGUAAACACGCUUCGCGACUUGACUCUGCUUUUUGUAAUUUCAGUGGCUUCUUCGCGUCGAGUGUGGACUUAGUUAAAGACCGAGAAGGUGUCUCAUCUUUAGUGUUCUUGCGGUUGACCUAAGCUUGUUAAGACUUCCAAGGCACUGGCUAGCGGCUUUUUUAUUCUAACUGGGAAUUUUCUCUUCGAAGUUGCCCAGAAAUAGAUAUAUAAUCACGUUUCCAUCUUAAUAAGCUCUUCAGUACCACUCAUUCUCUAGCAGCAAUCUCGCUGAUGGCAUCCAUUUUCUUAGUUAUGAUCUUCUUAUCCUCCAUCUUUAGAGCUACCGAAGCUUGUAGGUCUAAUUCCAAAACUAUACAGUGCAGCCAUGGAGGUCCUGUAAUUCAAUUUCCUUUCUGGGUGGAAUUUCGACAACCCCGCAGCUGCAACUCUUCUGGGUUUGAGCUCAUUUGUAGAGAAAAUGCCACCGCAAUUCGCUUCCCAUCCUACGGGGACUUAGUGGUGAAAUCCAUUCUUUACAACACUAGGAAGCUCAAUCUCAUUGACCCUAAAAGCUGUGUCCACGAAGUCUUUCUCAAUCUCAACCUCUCCCUCACACCCUUCCGUUACUAUUAUUCUGUUAGGAACUACACUUACCUCAACUGCUCGGCACCUCUUUCAAAUCCUUUCACAGAGAUUCCAUGCUUGAGUGGCAUCGGGUUUCAUGUUUAUACCAUCGAAUCUUCUCUUCCCGUGCCAGGUUCUUGCAAAAAGAUUAAAACAGUUGCAAUCCCGUUCUCUUAUAAUCCUUAUAUAUCUGACAACACCUUUGGUCUUGGGUUGACAUGGGACCAGCCUGGUUGUGAGGGCUUCACCUCAAACUGUCAUCGCCAUAUCUUAUCUAUCGACAGGGGAAGUGGCAAAGGUGUGAUCAAAACGAGCUUGGGAGAGGUUCGCCUUAAAAACAUUGCAGGCCAAAUGGUCAGAUGGGGUAGCAGGGCUUCAAUCAGGCCUAAAAUCCCCAGCCAUUCCAAACAAUCAAACAAAAAGCUUUCAAAAUAAUCAUUUAUACUUUACUGAAACUAGUUGAGCGAGAUCAAAGAUUGGAUGGAAGGGGUGAUCAUAUUGCCUCGCCCUGCCUGCAUUUUAUAUUAGAAACAACCUCAGCCAAUUGGACACGACAGAUCAUAAGUUCUGCAUGUGUCAUGGCUAGAUAGCUCAAAUGAAUUGCUUGGUCUUUGAUCUAAGUCUAUAGUCUGACUAUUUUCCUAGUGAGAAGCAUGCAAUUUCAGUAAAGCUUUUGGUAUAUUUUAGCUUAUAUGUUCCUCCUGUACAGGUGAUUUUUUUCAACUGCUCAGAGAUCCAUGUGAUUUUCAUAUAUAUUCACCGGAUUGAAUCGGUUAUAUAUUCU